UGUUUGAUUAGUCUGGGGGUUGUACUUCAGUCUCAAAGGCUUUAAAAACAGGGGUUUACAGUCUGUUUGUGAGGGUAACAGGACAGAGGUAGGACAAAGGUAGCUUCUGUCCAGGCAGCCAGGGGGGGACAAUGCGUUCUCUGUCUAGGCUGUGGCCGGUCUGGGCCAUGCUGCCAUGUCUGCUGUGGGCCGCGCAUGUCGCUGUGUUCGUGGAGGGGGACAACGAUGCCUCCAGGAUCUGCAAACCUGCCCCCAACUGGACGAUAAGGGGCAAAGCACCCAUGCAAGAACAGCUGGGAAAUGUGACCGUGGUGGCGCUACUGAAGGCCAGCUGACAGCUGUGCCUCACGCAGGCAUCCAGAAUCGGAAGGCUGCGUGGCAAGCUGAACCGCAGCAACCUGACAGACGUGUCGUUCAUGAUCGUCAACGAGCGGGAGGCGCAGUCCAGGGCCAUGUACUGGGAGCUGAAGAGAAAGGCGCCCCCUGGAGUUCCUGUGUAUCAGCAAGCUCCUUUUCAGAGCGACGUGUGGGAGGCUCUGGACGGCGACAAAGAUGACUUUCUGGUCUAUGACAGAUGUGGUCUCCUCACCUUCCAUGUAGUGCUGCCUUACAGUCUCCUAGAUUACCCCUAUGUAGAGGCCGCAAUAAGAGCCACUUAUUUCUCAAAUAUCUGCAACUGCACCUCCAUCGUCACACCAAUAUUACCAACGGUGAAGUUGGACACUGAUGACAUGGAAAACAAGACCAUGGGGAUGACUCAUCAACACAGCCACCACCAUCAUCAUCAUCAUCAUCAUCCUCAUCAUCAUUAACACCACCACCACCAUAAUUCCACACAGCCUCUGUAAUCCCUGGUUCUUUAGAAUCUGAUUGCUCUUGUUUUUGAUAAAAUGUUUCAAAUGCUCCUUUCUUUUGGACUUCGAAUAUUUAGGCAAACAGCAGCCGACUUCGUUUCAAGCAGUAAUCUGAAUGUGGUUUCUCUUCGAGCAUUUCCACACCUCACCUCUUCUGUGUGGAUGAAGUAGCCAGGCGUCUUUCCUCUUUUCUCCCAUUAAUGAAGUCCACUGUGGAAAACCUGCCCGCAGGAGACUGUGGAUGGAUGUGUGUGGAGGAAGGGGACAGGCCGACCGUUACUGUCACCCAGUUACAGGCAAGAGGACGGUGUGCACUGCUGCUGAGCAAACUCCAGUCAGGUUACUGUUUAAAGCGGACUACUGCUGGAGAAUAUGUGCAUUUAUGUCCACGCAGUGAAUUCAGUUGCACGGAUUUGUUCAGGGAAUCUUUUUUAAUAUGAAUGUACCAGUUUAAUUAUUAGAUGUUAGUGUCACAUUAGGAAGCAUUCAAAAUGUGUUUUAUUGCUACUUUGUGUAUAGAAAAAUAAAAUUGUGCUACAGA